AAUUGCUCACACAAAAUGAAUGAGGAGACUCCAGCCUUAAUUUAUACAAUAUGCCGCACUUGUUUGUCCAACUUGCUAGAAGAUGAAGCCUUCGAUUUGUUUGUUGUUCCGGACCUGGCCAAGAAGUUGUGUGUGUGUACUUCGCUGUCGGUGGAGCACCUGGAUGGAUUCCCGAGGAACCUCUGCACCACCUGUCACAGCCGUCUAAACGAUUUGCAUGACUUUCGGAAGCAAUGUGUGGAAUCUGUGCAGAGAUUCAAGGAGUUGAUGUCCAGAAACACCUUCAUAAUCCAAACUAUGCCGGACGACGAUCAUCCUGUUGUGAAUGCAGCGCUGCAGGAUGAUGUUGAUGAAGAGGAGCACAUUAAAUUUGACCCUCUGUUGACUUCAAAAAUAGAAAUCGACAACGAGGAUAAUGUUUUUAAAAUGAUUAAAGAUGUUGACAAAGAAUCCGAUGAUGUAGAUAAUCUGGAGGAUGCAUUUGAUGACAGCGGAAGCGACUAUAUCAAUGAGGACAUGGAUUUUCAAGUAGAUAGUAGCGAUUCCGAUGAUAAGAUGCCGUUGACACGUCUGCGAAGUAGUUCAAGAGCCACAAAGUCCAAGAAAAUAACGGAUAAGCCCAAAGAGAAGGCAAAACGUAAGCGUGUUCCAACUGCUGAGAGACAAUUGAAUCGCCCCAUUGAAUGUCACAUUUGUAAUCAGAAGUUUAUUAAGUCAUCAUGUUACGAGGAGCAUAUGAAACACCACAAUGAUCAAUUACCAUUUCAGUGUUCAGUGGAGAAGUGUAAAAAGGGAUUCACGACUUCCACAGGACUAAACCAUCAUAUGGAGCAUACGCACCCGGAAUUAUGCGAACUUCAUCCCUGUACAGUCGAAGGAUGCAGUGAAUCCUUUGCCCAAACUCGAAUGCUGACUCAACAUCUGCGAAAAGUACAUAAUAUUGCGAAGCCCAUAAUACAUCCAUGUCCGGAAUGCGAUAAAGUAUUCCGUUGUCCAAUGGCUCUGAAGAAGCACAUGUAUGAUCACACUGGAGAGGAGCUGCCCUUCGGCUGUAACAUCUGCCAGAAACGCUAUCGAGUGCCCACGGAACUUCGGGAUCAUCUUUUGCGCCACGCCGGGAUCAGAAACUUUGUUUGUCCUCUUUGCGGUGUGGGCAGGACCACAAAACAGGAGUUGGACAAGCACAUGCUGACUCACACAAAGGAAAAGAAGUUCAAGUGUGAUCGAUGCGAUCAAACCUUCAAAGACAAGCCAUCUGUGUCCAGGCACAUCAAGGUGGUGCACUUGCAAAUUAGGAACUUUGUCUGCCAGUAUUGCCAAAAGUCCUUCGCCAGCGCUUAUCACUGCAAGACUCACGAGAAAUUACACACUAGAAACGAUUGUUUUGAAUGUAAGAUCUGUGGAAGCAGUUUCCCUUUUGGGAGUAGAUUAACAAAGCACUUAAGGACUCAUGAGAAAGGCAAGAAGACGAAAACUGAUGGGGAUGUUCAGAAGGAGGUGAAAGAACCAGUUGUAAUAAAGAAACCAAAAAUUCCUGCCAAACCAAGAGAUCUACGUCGUGUGGAGGUAGUUAAUAUAUCUCAAUUAGCUGGCACUGCUGUUAAUCCGUUUCCAUCGGUACUAGUAUCAUCCCCGCAAGAUAAUUUAACCAAAAGCGAAGGAAAACCCAUUUGUCUGGACUGUGACAAAAAUUUUACCACAAUUGGUAAUUUGAGGAUCCACAUCAAGACGGUACACGAUAAGAUCAAGGACUUUGCCUGCCGCUUCUGUCCCAAUCGGUUUAGCAAAAAGUGUAAUCUCCGUCGUCAUGAGUAUACGCAUACGGGGGAAAAGCCGUACGAGUGUAAAGUAUGCAAUCAGCAUUUUGGACAUGAUAAAACCUUAAUAAAUCAUAUGAAAUCACACAACAGAAAAGAGCCGAGGAAAAGAAAGAAAGCUAAGCCCAAAACAAAAGAUCCUUCAAAAGAACCUCAGGUCUCUAGAGUGAGACUGAAUACGGAACCACGGAAUUACGAGCAGUAUCAAGAUCCAGAUGCAGAACGAGCAGCUGCAACGGCUCAAUUGAUGGCCCAACAACUGGAAGAAAGUGAAGCGAAACGUAAAGCGGAAGAGAAAACUCGGAAAAUUCAAGAGGCAGCAUGCGAGCAGCUCCAAAAAUUGAAACAGCCGCAGAUCUCCUAUGAUAGCUUUUCUAAAUAAAACUCAGUUUACUUUUACUA